UUUGACGUUACCGCCGCAAAUGAAGCUCCAGUGGCAGACGAAACAUCACGACAUGAAAAUAUUGUAGUGAGUGCUCUUGCUUUCCACCGUUAUUCUUUGUGACACUUGAGUGACGUAAUAACGUUGUUCCAGUACAACCGAAGCACAGCGUGUCAGUGAAGUGUGUGUUUAAAUGAGGUAACAUCCGCCGAAACCGUUGGAGAAUAGAACAGAAUAGUACGUUUAUGAUUAAUACCGCGUCUGUGCCUAGUUUCGUCAUCGUCAUGAGUUCUGCUUCGAAUCAUUUGACGGACCCAGGACGGUGCAACCAACCCGGUUCCGUUCUGUCGUUAGCCGGACGUGUCCGGCAGAUGUUCGGCCACGUGAAGGUAGGAAACCUUGUGGCAGGAGUGAGUGGAGGAGUGAUGUCCACGCUGGUGCUUCACCCUCUCGAUCUGGUCAAAAUCCGGUUUGCAGUAAGUGACGGCAUGGAGUUUAGACCAAAGUACAGUGGCGUUUUACACUGUAUGAAGAGUGUGUGGAAGCAGGAUGGGCUGAGAGGACUUUACCAAGGAGUGACACCAAAUGUUUGGGGUGCUGGAGCAUCAUGGGGCCUCUACUUCUUUUUCUACAACGCUAUCAAAGGGUACACCAAAGAAGGUCGUCAGACUGAACUGAGUGCAGCGGAGCACCUGGUGUCUGCAGCCGAAGCAGGUGUUCUAACGCUCACCAUAACCAACCCCAUCUGGGUUACAAAGACCCGGUUGGUGCUGCAGUAUGAGUCCGAUCCAAAGAGCAAACAGUACAAAGGGAUGAUGGACGCACUAAUCAAAAUCUACCGCCAUGAGGGAGUGAGUGGAUUGUAUAAGGGUUAUGUUCCCGGUCUGUUUGGGACUUCGCACGGAGCACUUCAGUUCAUGGCCUAUGAGGAGCUCAAGAGAAGCUACAACAAAUACAAAAAAGUGUCUGCAGAAGAAAAGCUGAACCCUCUGGAAUACAUCACAGUGGCAGCAUUGUCCAAAAUAUUUGCUGUUGCCACUACGUACCCGUAUCAGGUGGUGCGAGCUCGACUGCAAGACCAACACAGUAAAUACAACGGUGUCACUGAUGUCAUCAGACGGACAUGGAGAAACGAAGGCAUCUUUGGUUUCUACAAAGGCAUCGUCCCCAACAUGGUCCGCGUCACUCCUGCCUGCUGCAUCACGUUUGUCGUGUAUGAAUACGUGUCUGACUUCAUGCUGGCCAAUACUACCUGAGGACUGUGGACAUGGACUUCA